CCGACGCCCAAACCUACCCACCCAUCCCUUGUAGCUCUCUGCAACCCCGAUCCUCAACCCUCACCUCAUCCCCAAAGCAAUAAUUUCUUCAUUCUCCUCCUCCAUCGCUCUCCUUCCGAGACUACAGAGUUGGAAAGAAGCUCCUCUUUCAUUCAGCAUCGUUGAUCUGAUCGAAGUAAUGAGUCAAAAUAUUGAGAUUAGUAGGGCAAAUUGGACUGACCCCAUCCAAAGAAAGCACUUUAUUGAUCUUUGUCUUCAAGAGGCAAACAAAGGCUUUAGAUCAGGUGGAGGUUUAAAGUCUAGUGCUUGGCCUCGAAUUGCUGAAGAGUUGGAGAAGUUACUUGGAAAACGUUAUACUUCAAAACAACUUAAGAAUGGGUGGGAUUACAUGAAAAGACAAUAUCUCAUUUGGAGUAAAAUGAUGACUAUGACAGGACAUGGUUACAACUCUGUAACCAAAACUUUUGAUUGGCCAGUUGAAAAAUGGGAAGAAUAUCUACAGAAAUAUCCAGAAGCUAAACAAUUCCGUUUUAAACCAUUAGCAAAUGUGGAAGAAUUAGAGGCAUUGUUUGGAGGAGUGUUAGCUACUGGGUCUAAAAAUUGGAGCUCAGGGGGAGUGAUAGCUUCUGGGGCUGAGGAAUCAUCAACACAUUCUACAUCUAUGCCUAGCGAAACUUCAAUUAGUUUAGAAGAAGAUGAGGAUUUGUCAAGAAAUACUAAUGAUGAAGCAGAAGGUUCUAAGAAAAAACAGAAGAAAGGAAAGAAAGAGCAAACUCAAGAAGAAAUGAAUAGAAUAGUGAAUGUGUUGGAGAAUCUUGAAGGACCCACAGUCAAAGAAUGCAUGAAGAUUUUGAAGAGGCUUUUGACUUAUGAGGAUCCAUUAUACUAUGUAGCAAUUAAUGCAUUUUGCAAGAAGAAAGAGUACAGAGAGGUGUGGAUGGAGAUGGAAAGUGACGAAGAGCGAAUGGGAUGGAUUCAAAGCUUGCGAAAAUAACUUUUUAAAUAUUUGUUUUAGAUUUGUGGAAUGCCUAGGGUAUAUGACUUAUAUGAUGAUUUUAAUUUGGUACUUUUGGUUUGUUUGUUUUGGAUAUUUGAUACAUUUAAACUUUUCCAAUUAUAAGACUUUCUCUCUACAUUUUAUGGA